CUUGAAAUACAUUGACGUCCCUGCCGCGCCAUCUUUAGAAAACAGUGAGUCCAACACUGAAUGAAACUUAAUUUUCGUCGUCUGUGAAAGCUGUUCGCUGUAUGGAGUGAUAUCCUUGUGUUACCAGGUGUUUGAUCAGUAAAGGUGAUCAUGGGGAUCAAGACUCCGCGCUCUCGGGUCUUCCUUGACGUCGGCAUUAGUAAUGUGCUCGUUGGCAGAGUUGUGAUUGAGUUAUUUUCAGACAUCUGUCCCAAAACUUGUGAAAACUUCCGAUGCCUCUGCACAGGUGAAAAAGGCCUUGGAAAGGGAACCAUGAAACCCCUGCACUACAAAGGAUGCCUGUUCCAUCGAGUCGUAAAAGACUUCAUGAUUCAAGGAGGAGACUUCAGCGAAGGAAAUGGAAAAGGAGGAGAAUCCAUCUAUGGAGGCUUUUUUGAAGAUGAAAGCUUCGCUGUUAAACACAACAAGCAGUACCUGCUGUCCAUGGCCAAUAGAGGCAAAGAUACAAAUGGAUCGCAGUUUUUCAUAACAACAAAACCUUCUCCACAUCUGGAUGGUGUCCAUGUGGUUUUUGGUCAUGUGAUUUCUGGCCAAGAGGUUGUUCAAACCAUGGAGAACCAGAAAACAGAUCCUAAUAGCCGGCCGUAUGCUGAUGUGAAUGUUAUGAACUGUGGAGAGCUCGUCCCUAAAUCUAAAGCAAAGAAGGAUGAAAAAAAGAAAGAGAGGGCGCCUUCCAGCUCUAGCAGCAGCAGCAGCAGCUCCAGCGACUCUGAGAGCUCGUCACAAUCCUCCUCGGAUACAGAAGAAUCUGAGAAGGAAUCUAAGAAAAAGAAAAAGAAGGCGAAAAAGCUAAAAAAGAAACAGAAGAAGAAGGAAAAGAAAAGGUCGGAGGCUGAGAGCGCUGAAGAGAAAGAGCAAGAAGAGCUGGUUACCUCCACUGUGCGUCCUGAAGAUAUCCCAGCCAUCCCAGAGAACCGAUUCCUCAUGAGGAGGAGUCCCCAGGCGGUCCAGAAGACAAAAGACGAGUCUGAAAAGGAUCCGCCAAGUAGAGAUGAAAGACCCAGAGAGAGUGCUGGUAUAAGAUAUAAUUCUCAGUCAUCAUAUAACAGAAGACUUGUGAUGACAAGAUCCGGGAGGAAGAUAAAAGGCAGGGGUCCACGGCGCUAUCGGACUCCGUCUCGCUCAAGGUCCAGGGAUGGUUUCCGCCGCAGUGAGACUCCUCCACACUGGCGUCAGGAGAUGAACCGUCAGAGGAUGAGGGCGGUCCCUGGAGAGCGCUGGAUAAAGGGGGACAAAGGCGACAUGGUUGAUGCCAAAGAAGAGGCUGCUAAAGCUCCUAGAAGAGAGAGACGGACCUCCGACACAAAGCAUGAACGUGCAGCUGAGGGUAAAAAAGAGAAGAAAAGCCGUUCACACAGAUCUAAAAGCAAAGAAAAGGACAAUGCUGAAAAGGAUGAGAAGCAUAGCAAACACAAGACAAAGAAAAAAGAUCAAUCUCAAAGCCGCAGUAAAAGCAGAGAGAAGAGUAAGAGGUCGAAAAGCAGAGAGAAGAGUCACAAAGACAAAAGUGAGGACAGAAAAGGUCGCUCGAGGAGCAAAGACCGAAAUAAGAAAGAAAAGCAGUCCGAGUCUGAUCACAGUAAAGAUAGAAAUAAGAGUCAUGACUCUGAUAAAAAGCCUAAAGAGGAUGCCAAAGGUAAAAAUGAUGAGAAGAUUAGGACAAAGUCACAAAGCAAGGAAAGACACACUUCAAAAGAUGAACAUAGAUCCAGUAGCAGAAACAGGGACAGGAGCACACCCGCUGUCUCAAAAGACAAAGAAGAAAAACAAGACAAAAGCAAAGAGCGGGGCCGAGAGCGUAGCAAGAGUCAGGAGAGACGGCCCAACAGCGAGAGGGAGAAUAGGAAACGGGGAACCUCCAGAGAUAAGGAACAUCGGACAAGGAGUCCAGACAGAAAUAAACCCAGAGACUCCCACAGAGGCAGGCGCUCGAGAAGCAAGAGUAAUAACAAAAGAGACACCAGCAAAGAUCGGUCGUCUCAUAGGAAGGACAAAGAGUCCGACAGACAGAGGAGGAGACGUAGCAGCAGCUCAGACAGUGACAGAGAGGAGAAGAGGAAGCGUCAGAAGAGUCCAGAUUCCAAACGCAGAGAAGGGAGUACCUCCAGAACUAAAGACGGGAGAAGCCCAGCCACUCGGAGACCAGAUAGCACGAAGGGCAGAGAGCGCAACGACAGCAAGAGGAAUAAAUCCAGCUCGAGCUCUGACAGCGACUGAGCUCAUCACAUCCUACAGGGAUAGAAGUAGAUUUUAACAGUCUGUCCCUUAUCUUACACCCACUAAAUUUGGAGUAUGCAGAAUCAGCUUUCCGUCUAGAGUGGGACGCUUGUAGAAAAGUGUGUCAAAGCUACAUUUCAAAACUGUCUGGAUACUGCUCAAACUUGCAAUGGCCGACACUUGACUUGUUUUGGUCGUGUCUCUCACUAAGCGAUGGUUAGCUGAAGCUGCACAGCUGGUUUAGAGGGUUAGAUUAGUAGAUGUACUGCGUUAGUGGUACGGACCAGGUGUUCUUUUAAUUGUACAUGACCAGAGGUUCUUCAAAAAGGCGUUUUUUGAAUUUUGGAUUCAUUGGUAAAUUAUAUUUUGACUUUACUGAAAUUUCAAACUGAUUUUAUUGCAACACAGAUCCUUUAUAAUGCAUCUUCCCCCUGAAGAAAUGUUCUCCCGAUGUUUGUUUUAAUUUCAUUUUGUUGGGUUGUGGGAUCAGUUCCGUCUCCAAGUUUGGCAAAUAUCUCUUGUUUACUCUUCAAGUUAUUUUUACUAGCAACGAUCGAUCCGGAAAAGAACACUCGUAAUUCCUUGCAUGCUUAUCCAUGUCAUAGUUAGAUAACAUAUGUACAUCCGUGAGUUUUUUGUUGUUGUUGUUUUUGUACAUCCAUGACCUUGAACUGUAAUCCUAUUUGUUAGCCAGGUUUAAUAUCACCCUGGUUUGUUUUGUUUUUAAUAGAAAAAAAAAUCAAUGUCAUGCUGUAAGUACAACAUAAAAAACAUUUGUAUAA